GACCCCGAACGCACCAGGAAACCGCUGCCCGAGAUGUGAUUUUCUCUCACCCCGAUCUGUGCUCUCCUCUGGGUUUUCAAAACCCGCACAUCCAGGGAGAGGGAAUUGGAGAUAGGAGCUUCGGCCCCGAGGUUGGGCCGACGCUCUAUGCGGCGACGAACGGCGUGGACCUGAGAGCGUUCGGUGGCCCCCAGCCGCCUGCGGACCCUUCCGUCUCGUCAUGGCGAGAUUAUGGGUCGGCCUGGCAGGCGCUGGCUUCUUUGUUGCAUUACUGGUUUUGCAUUCGCGUUUUUGUGGCUCACCGACCCCACUACGUCUCCAAAUAAUUUGCAGGUUUUAAGGAAAUUUGCUUUUCAAGUUUCCUGGACAACCGAGGAAAUUCUUUACCGGCUGGAUGUGGGAUGGCCUAAUCGUCCAGAAUACUUUACUGGAACGACAUUUUGUGUUGCAAUUGACUCCCUCAGCGGAUUGGUUUACGUAGCCCAGAGAGGGGAUAACAUCCCAAAGGUAUUAGUGUUCACAGAGGAUGGAUAUUUCCUACGAUCCUGGAAUUGUACAGUUGACACACCUCAUGGUAUAUUUGCAGCCAGUACACUACAUGAACAGUCUGUCUGGAUCACGGAUGUAGGAAGUGGAUCCUAUGGUCAUACUAUUAAAAAAUACAAUUCCUUUGGUGAUCUUGUUCAAGUGUUGGGUACCCCAGGCAAGAAAGGCACUGGUUUGACUCCCCUACAGUUUGAUAACCCCGCAGAAUUGUACGUAGCCGACACAGGAGAUAUUUACAUCGUGGAUGGAGACGGAGGAUUGAAUAACAGAUUGAUCAAAUUGUCCCAAGAUUUUAUGAUACUUUGGCUGCAUGGAGAACGGGGGACAGGGCCUGCCAAGUUCAACAUACCUCACAGCGUUACAGUUGAUUCGGCUGGUCGGGUAUGGAUUGCUGACCGAGGAAAUAAAAGAAUUCAAGUAUUUGAUAAAGACACUGGGGAGUGGUUAGGAGCAUGGACUAAUUGUUUCACAGAAGAGGGACCUUCUUCAGUCAGAUUUACUCCCGACGGGAAGUACGUGAUCGUAGCCCAGCUGAAUCUCAGCAGGGUCUUACUGGUGGCCGCACCCCCAGUGGGAAGCAUUGGCAACUGUUCCGUGAUCAACACAAUCCAACUAGCAGACCAGGUUUUACCUCAUCUCUUAGAUGUCAGCGGGAAGACUGGAGCAAUCUAUGUAGCAGAAAUCGGAGCAAAGCAAGUGCAAAAAUAUGUCCCAGUGGAGGGCUAUUUUCCUUCGUUCACACAUUCGUAAUGGUUCUUUUCCCGGAGAUGUUUCAAGUGGAAGUUCAGAUUCUCAAAUUCAUUGUCAUGUCCUUACAAAUCACGUUCAGGCACCAGUAUUUGUUUCUUUAUUUUCCCGUGAUCUAGUGAUGAGAAGAAUUUGUUCUUAUAUCCUUCAGAACCGUAUGUUUUGUUGCUGUUCUCCUGACUUAGUUUUACUUGUAAGUGCAUAAGGCUAUUUUAACGAAGGAAAUGUAAUUCUAAAAAAUGGGGUCUGAAAGAGGGACUAAGACCAUAAGGUAGGUAUUUGCCCAGGAAGACUAAUCCUCCCUGGGAGGAAGAGGGAAAGGAAUAAAAACGGGUUUUGCAGGAUAUGUUGAACUUCACGUGAAGGACUACAAACCUCACCUUCUAUAAAAUGUACCUUUUGAGCGAUUAAGUCAGAUGGGCUCUUGAUCAAUGAGUACCCACAGGAUGCUAGCUCCUAAAGAUUCAGAGAGGAAGAAUCAGGACUUACCUGUGUGAGCCUGUUCAGUAGCAUCUAGUCCAGUGGGAGACAAGUGUGCAAACUGAUACAAGCGUGUCAGCAGGCCUCAAGCGUGUCUUAUAGGAACAUCACAUCUGACUGAGAGAAUCCUGGAGAUUUUGCAGGGAAAGUCCAUUCGAGCUCCCAACUUGAGAAACCAAAGAGGGGAAAACAAGGUGGUCUAAAUGGACAAGUUGUAAAAAGUUACAGACUUGCUGAGAACCCUGAUAGGCUUUCUUUUAAAAGGCCAGCUUGGCCUGGGUCCUUUAGCUGGAAGAUACUUCGUCUCAACCUCUAAAUGUAGGAAUAAGACAGCAGGCAUUUAAGCACUUUACUGAAAGGGAUCUUUACAAGUACUAACUGGGAUGUUUUUUAAUUAAAGGUACGACUGAAAAUAGGGCCCUUCAUUCCUUUUUUCCUCCUUCCCUCCCUCCCGACCUCCCUCCCCUUCCUUAUCUUCUUUUUUUAAAACAUGAACUCAGUUCAUUCCUAACAUCUGUCUACCUCAAAGAAGUUUUAGAAUUGUAUAUAUGGGGAUCUGUUAAGGUGAAUAAUUUCUUAGCUUUCUAUUUCUACGUCUCUCUACCCUUUGGUCUGAAUACCAGAUGAAAGACCAUCUUUUCGGUUCUAGUUUAUUCUGGGUUCUGUUCAGACCUCGCCGUAUGAUGAUGUCAACUCAUUCGUCCCCUUCUUCUUGUAUUCACCUCCCUCCUUAUCCCGGACUUGCACUGUAAAUCGUGUAGCAUGUGAGAAAUCUUGAGCUGACUUUCCUCAUCACCCAUUGUAGCUGCCGUCUGUUUUCCAGACCUCAAGGAAUUCACACUAUUUUGAUGCUCCGAUCAUAUCUUGACACAGUUAGAAAGUUAAAUCUACCAACAGGAAACUGUCCUGUGUUCCAAGGCCUUUGAUAAGUGUGUUUGUGCCACUGACCAAGCUGUAUGAUCUUCAGUGAGUCUUCUUAGUUUUUCUCCUUAGUAAAAUGGGAGCAUCAUUUCCUUCCUCCUUCAGAAAUGCUGCAAGGAUCAUAUGUACGACAGAUACAAAUGUGCCCUUUGAAAUCUAAGCUCCCAGGGCAUUCGAGGCAGAAAUUCUUAAACAGAGAUCCUUCCAGCUGCUUAAUUUACCUGAUAGCAACUGUCCAGUUUGCCUUAAUUUUGCGUUGAGUGCUUUUUUCAAAACCUAUCGUCGUGAACUUUAUGCAGCUUAGCAAAUAUAGUAAAUUUAUUUGGAUAGAAGGAAGUGAUUUGAGAGUUUUGUUUUGUUUUGUUUUUAAGCCAGGACAAGAAGUGAAAAAAAAACCUCUUAGAAGGAAUACAGGUUAGGUAAACUGAUCUUGUCAUUUUAAAAAUGUUAUAGUUAACUUUGUUUUAUGCCAGUUUUUUAUAAAACUUGUUGAAAGUAUUGUUGCCAUAUAUCUUGCUAAAAGUGUUUAUUAGCAUACUUGUAAUCAUAGUAUUUCACUUUUUUCCUUUGGGUUAAUUGGUUAAAUGAUUGAGAAAAUGUGUUGUAUUUUGACUAAAAAAUAUGAAUUAAACUUUUGGAAAGAAAAGGCAGUA